CGGGUCUUCACCGCGCCGGUCUCGGGGAAAGCUCCGGGCAGAGCGCACGCCGCGCCCAGGAGCCCGGGCUCCUUUGCCACGCCCACUUCCUGCCCCAUCCCGCGCCUUUCCAGGUCCCUCUCCCGGUGAACCGGAUGCUCCGUCAGUCUCCUCCUCUGCGUCCUCGGCUGCUGCCCGGGUGCCUCACGACGCCGCUGCCACCCCCGAGGGCCCAGCCAGGGGGCUCCCGGAGGCUGGCCUGGCAGGUGCGGAGCGCGGUAGGAGCUGGGCGCGCACGGUUACCGCGCGUGGAGGAGACACUGCCCUGCAGCCAUGGGUGCCAGGGGCGCUCCUUCACGCCGGAGGCAGGCGGGGCGGCGGCUGCGGUACCUGCCCACCGGGAGCUUUCCUUUCCUCCUCCUCCUGCUGCUCCUCUGCAUCCAGCUCGGGGGAGGACAGAAGAAAAAAGAGAAUCUUUUAGCUGAAAAAGUAGAACAGUUGAUGGAAUGGAGUUCCAGACGCUCAAUCUUCCGAAUGAAUGGUGAUAAAUUUCGAAAAUUUAUAAAGGCACCACCUCGAAACUAUUCUAUGAUUGUUAUGUUCACCGCUCUUCAGCCUCAGCGGCAGUGUUCUGUGUGCAGGCAAGCUAAUGAAGAAUAUCAAAUACUGGCUAACUCCUGGCGCUAUUCAUCUGCUUUUUGUAACAAACUCUUCUUCAGUAUGGUGGACUAUGAUGAGGGGACAGAUGUUUUUCAACAGCUGAACAUGAACUCUGCUCCUACAUUCAUGCAUUUUCCUCCAAAAGGCAGACCCAAGAGAGCUGAUACUUUUGACCUUCAAAGAAUUGGAUUUGCAGCUGAACAACUUGCAAAGUGGAUUGCUGACAGAACAGAUGUUCAUAUUCGAGUUUUCAGACCACCCAACUACUCUGGCACCAUUGCUUUGGCCCUGCUAGUAUCGCUUGUUGGUGGUUUGCUGUAUUUAAGAAGGAACAACUUGGAGUUCAUCUAUAACAAGACUGGUUGGGCCAUGGUGUCUCUGUGUAUAGUCUUUGCUAUGACUUCUGGCCAGAUGUGGAACCAUAUCCGUGGACCUCCAUAUGCUCAUAAGAACCCACACAAUGGACAGGUGAGCUACAUUCACGGGAGCAGCCAGGCCCAAUUUGUGGCAGAGUCACACAUUAUUCUGGUACUGAAUGCUGCUAUAACCAUGGGGAUGGUUCUUCUAAAUGAAGCAGCAACUUCCAAAGGAGAUGUUGGAAAAAGACGGAUAAUUUGCCUAGUGGGAUUAGGCCUGGUGGUAUUUUUCUUCAGUUUUCUACUUUCAAUAUUUCGUUCCAAGUACCAUGGCUAUCCUUACAGUGAUCUGGACUUUGAGUGAGAAGAUGUGAUUUGGACCCAUGGCACUUAAAAACUCUAUAACCUCAGCUUUUUAAUUAAAUGAAGCCAAGUGGGAUUUGCAUAAAGUGAAUGUUUACCAUGAAGAUAAACUGUUCCUGACAUUAUUUUGAAUUCUUAAGUUCAUUACUUUGCUGAUUGUGAUUGCUAGCUUAUUCUUUGUAUACUUUUUUUUAGUGUGGGUUUUCCUAGUAAAUUUAAUUUAUAGAAAUGAUGGUAACAUUUAGUAUCUACAAAGGAAAUAUUGAAGUGUUUUUCAAGCCUAUAUGAUUCAAUGUAUGUCACAAGAUUGAAAUAAACGACAUUGUAAUUAUGAAUUCAUGUUUUAGAACUGUUCACUCAUUAGUCAAGGAAAACAGUGUUAGUAAAAGAAACCUAUGAAACGUAUGUUAAAGAAUGCUUAGUGUUAUACUGGGAUAAAGCAUAUGCAUGAAAAUAUGUCAUGUACUGAAAACUAUACUUAUUGCAGUUUGUUAUAAAGGACGUGCGCUGUUACAAA